GUCAAAAAUGGCGGCGGCUGCACGAUUGUUACGAAAAUUGGCUCCUGUGGUUAGGACAAACCACUGGCAAUCACUUCUUUGUAAAACUGCCACACCAGCUUGCCAGGUCCGGUUUGCUGGGUCUGCGAGAUGGGACCCAUUACAAGAUCCGGAAUGGAUAGAGAGACUUAAUCAGCCAGUCUUAUAUCCAGACCCUGAAAUGUCCAACUGGCAUCCACCAGAACGGAAUGUGGAUGACAUUGAUUUGUCAGUCUCGAACUUCAUAUUAAACUUUGGACCUCAGCACCCUGCAGCUCACGGAGUACUGCGGUUGAUAGUUACACUACAGAAUGAGACUGUUGUCAGAUGUGAUCCACACAUAGGAUUGCUACACAGAGCUACAGAGAAAUUGAUUGAGUAUAAGACGUACACUCAGGCACUACCAUAUUUCGACAGAUUAGACUAUGUAUCUAUGAUGUGUAAUGAACAAGCUUAUUCUCUAGCAGUUGAAAAAUUACUCAACAUAGAUGUGCCAAUAAGAGCCAAAUAUAUCCGAACCAUGUUUGGGGAGAUCACAAGGAUACUGAAUCACUUGAUGUCAAUAGGAACACAUGCUCUGGAUGUUGGAGCCAUGUCACCUUUCUUCUGGCUCUUUGAGGAGAGAGAAAAAUUGAUGGAGUUUUAUGAGCGAGCAUCUGGAGCCAGAAUGCAUGCUGCAUAUGUAAGACCUGGAGGAGUGGCUCUGGACCUUCCAAUUGGAUUGAUGGAUGACAUUUAUGACUUUCUCACAAAAUUCAAUCUACGUUUGGAGGAGUUGGAAAAUGUAUUAACGGAAAACAGGAUCUGGAUGAGUCGAACCAUGGAUGUUGGAGUGAUCAGUGCUAAAGAUGCAUUGGAUUACGGCUUCAGUGGUGUCAUGCUCCGAGGCUCUGGAAUUCUCUGGGAUCUGAGGAAGACCCAGCCGUACGAUGCAUAUGACAAAGUUGAGUUUGAUGUACCUAUUGGUAUACAUGGUGACUGUUAUGACAGAUACCUGAUUCGUAUGGAGGAGAUGCGACAAAGCAUGAGGAUCAUUCAUCAGUGUAUGAACGACAUGCCAGAGGGAGAGGUCAGGACAGAUGACAACAAAGUGGUGCCACCUAAACGGGCAGAAAUGAAGGAGAGUAUGGAAGCCUUGAUCCACCACUUUAAGCUGUAUACUGAGGGCUAUAAUGUCCCCCCAGGUACCACCUACACAGCUGUUGAGGCACCAAAGGGUGAAUUUGGUGUUUACCUGGUCUCAGAUGGAACCAACAAACCAUACAGGUGUAAAAUCAAGGCCCCUGGAUUUGCUCAUUUGGCUGCUUUGGACCACAUGGCAAAAAAUCACUUGAUUGCAGAUCUUGUGGCUAUCAUUGGGACACUGGACAUUGUGUUUGGGGAGGUGGACAGAUAGAGGAAUGAUUUAACACUGUGUACACCUAAUUUAUUGUGUAACAAGACACUCUUAUGUUUAUAACACUAAACUACUAAAUACAGUGACAGAUUUAUUGCUGUUGUGCAGAUAAUUUGGAAAACUUAUUAAGUUUAAAUAAAAUUGUUUUUAAAA